GUUGUGUGUGAUGAGAACGCUUUUUAAUGGGCGAUGAUUAAUAAAUGUAUAGUCCUCGCAAAAUUAGCUGGAUAAGAGGUUUGGCUGAAAAUUAAGUUAUGAUUUGAUCCUCGUCAGUAUUUUCUCAAACCUGACUUUGCGACAGGUAACCUGUUUUCCAUUCGUCUUCAAAAAAUAAGAUAGUAUGAGCAUUUUGUUGAAAUAAAGAAGUACAACUGCACUUGUUCAGACAGUGUUGACUAACAGUCCCAAGGCAAAGGGUACAGGAGAUAUCAAAAUGAGGUCGCAAUCUCGAGCCUACCCGUCUGUUUAUUAUCGUCCUAACGAGGCUGUGGACAUGACACAAACUUCACAUGGGGAACUUCAUCUUGGUAGCCCGCGUAUACCCACCAUAGACUUCGGCUUGAACAAGCGUCUAUCUGUGGAUGUAAGGGCAGAAAAUGUCAGCUACAUCGUCAACCCCAAGAAAAUGUCCCUCCUUCACCGCCUGGGUGCGCUGCAGUUGCCAUGGGAAUGGAUUGACGACGCUGUUCCGCAGCAGGUGCUUCAGAACGUCAGCUUUUCCGUCAAAAGCGGUCAGAUGCUGGCUAUCCUGGGGACCUCAGGAAGCGGAAAGACAAGCCUGUUGGACGUUCUAGCGGGAAGGAACGACGGAGGAAGCGUGGAGGGAGAAAUGUUCCUUAAUGGUGUGUCGUGGACCCGCCAGAUGGUACGGUCCUGCUCGGCGUACGUCAGACAGGACGACCGCUUGCUGGCACACCUGACGGUUAAGGAGACGCUGAUGUUUGUGGCUCAGCUUAAACUGCCGUCGUCUUUCCAAAAAGAAGAAAUUGAAAAUCGGGUAGAUGGGGUCAUCUCUGAACUAGGACUCAGACAUGUUUGGGAUACAAAGAUCGGUAACGAAGAAAGCCGAGGAGUUUCCGGAGGAGAGAGGCGGAGAGUCAGCAUCGGAAUUCAAAUGCUUUUGGAUCCUAGCAUACUUUUCCUGGACGAACCAACUUCCGGUCUGGAUUCCUUUACGGCCCACAGCUUGGUAGAAACAUUAUCAAAGAUGGCGCAGAACACGAGGACAGUGCUGAUGUCCAUUCACCAGCCAAGGUCGGAUAUCUUUGAACUCUUUGACUUGGUAAUGAUCCUGUCUCGUGGGAGAAUGGUGUACGUUGGAAGGGCAACUGAGAUGGUAUCUUAUUUUACUUCGAUAGGCCACCCCUGUCCGUCACUGACCAAUCCCUGUGAUUAUUACGUUGACCUGGGUACAGUCGAUCCAACCUCGGAGGAAACAGAGAGGGAAACGAAACAGAUAGUGAACAAGUUAAUCAAUAACUUUGAGAUGGUGAUGGCCCCGCCGGAGCCGGAGCCGGAAGAACUAUCAAACCUACGAUUCCCCGUCAUGUCCACACUGGACAUUACAGACUUUUCUCCAGGAAAAUUCCGGCAAUUUACUGUACUCUUUGGGAGGUGUACCCGUAACCAGAUCGAAGAUUACUUGUUGGUGUUGGCCCAGUUCAUUCAGGCGCUGUCUAUGUCCUUAGUGGUGGGGAUGAUUUACCUUAAUCUAAACAAGGAACAGAAAACAGUCAGGGAUUGGUUCGGUCUCAUGUACAUCAUCGGCGCCAUGUACCCCUACCUCGUCAUUUUGGAUCUCAUCGCUGUUUAUCACGGGGAAAGAAAACACCUGUACUAUGAGCUACAAGACGGUCUGUAUGGAACAACGCCCUACUUCUUCGCAAAGGUUUUGAGUGAGUUUCCUCUACACACGUUCUUCGUUGUGACGUAUACAAUACCGGUGUACUUCUUGGUGGGGUUUUCGCUGGAUGUGUGGGUGUUUUUCCGAGUGUUCGCUUUGAUUUACUUGAUGGUCUACUGUAGUCGGUCUCUUGCCAUGCUGUCCUCGAGUAUCGCUCCAACCUUUACCAUGUCUUGUUUUAUCGCACAAACUUUCUUUUCAAUGUAUCUCAUGUCUGCUGGGUUUUUCAUCAACCUUGAUAAUAUAUUUGAAGGUUUGCAAUGGGUGUCAAAAAUAUCCUACCUGAAGUGGGGUUUCCAAGGAUUGUGCCAGACUGAGAUAUCAAGAAUGAACUUUACGUGCUCAUUGCCAGACCCGCGUCAGUGCAUCAAUACCGGAAGUGAAGCACUGGGCCUGUACUCCCUAAACGGAAGUACUGUCUCCGAUUCCUGUCUGGUUAUAUUAGCCUCCAUUGCUGUGUACAUGGUGCUCUACUUCUUGGCAUUGACUUUUAUUCCACAGAAGCCACAUCAAAAUUAAUAUACCUUUUACAAAAGAAACUAUGUAUAUCAAAAAGCAUAUCUGUGAGUGCCUUUUUGAGAGAAAAAAAGGCUCCCGUUGUUUGUCAUACUCAGCGGUGUAAUGUGUUAGACCGCCUAGACGUGUAUUUUUAUGCUUUGGGUUUACCGACGGUAGCGUACGUUUAUUCAUACUCAAAAUAUAACGUCAAUGUCUUUGAUGAUAUACCCCUUCAUAAACACAAGCUUUGUUUAUGAACACAGUCUGUGGGUAGUGGAGACGUCAUUUCAUUUGAUGAAUUCAAGAAAUGGGGGAUGAGAUGCGGGAGGUAUAUUGGUAUUCUUGACUUAACAUGCCCCGCCUCUUGAAAUGACGUUAUCAUUUGAAUGUGCCAACUUUUCCCCUCAGUAUAACUGGAUGGAAGCAGCAUGCUCUACCAAAGACAUAUUUGCAUGAUAAUUUUGUUUCCUUUUUCUGUCGUGAUAUUUUUAUUGUGCCAACUUUUUUUUUCCAGUGCCGGAUCUGUACGACUUGUAAGUUUACGUCCGUAUUUAAAGAUGAAUACGACUUGCCUCUACAUGUUAUACAUAGAUCGUGCAAUGUGGUCUAUUGUCCACACAUUUAAAUCAUGUCAUCGAUUGUUGAAACAACGAAUGCCCCUUAAGCAUUUGUUUAAUUUAUGUACCUUUGUUUUUCCUCAUGUUGUACGUUCAAUUUGAUAAUAAAAAAUGCACGGUUA